AUGAGCAGCAAAGUCUCACGCGACAACCUGUACAAGGCGGUGCCGGAAGUCCUGCACGGGAACCAGCGCAAGCGCUGCAAGUUUCUGGAGACGGUGGAGCUGCAGAUCAGCCUGAAGAACUACGACCCUCAGAAGGACAAACGUUUCUCGGGCACCGUCAGGCUCAAGUCCACCCCACGCCCCAAGUUCUCGGUGUGCGUCCUGGGGGACCAGCAGCACUGUGAUGAAGCCAAGGCCGUGGAUAUCCCCCACAUGGACAUCGAGGCGCUCAAGAAGCUUAACAAGAACAAGAAGUUGGUCAAGAAGCUGGCCAAAAAGUACGAUGCCUUUUUGGCCUCCGAGUCUCUGAUUAAGCAGAUCCCACGUAUCCUGGGCCCAGGCCUAAACAAGGCUGGCAAGUUCCCCUCCCUGCUGACACACAAUGAAAACAUGGUGGCCAAAGUGGAUGAGGUGAAAUCUACAAUCAAGUUCCAGAUGAAGAAGGUCAGUCUGGGCGAUGUGUAGUGGGGAAACCAGAAA